UUUACAGACUGUUGUAAAGAGAAAAGGGGAUGUCUCACAGUGGUAAACAUGGCCUUGUCCCAACUUUUUUGAGAUGUGGUGUUAUGAAAUUUAAAAUCACCUAAUUUUUCUCUUUAAAUGAUACAUUUUCUCAGUUUAAACAUUUGAUAUGUCAUCUAUGUUCUAUUCUGAAUAAAAUAUGGAAUUUUGAAACUUCCACAUCAUUGCAUCCCGUUUUUAUUUACAAUUUGUACUUUGUCCCAACUUUUUUGGAAUCGGGGUUGUAACUCUGGAACUGCGUUACAGCAAGAUGGCGAUGCAUGGAAAACACUCUGACUCUGCGUCAACCUCGGAGAGUUUUGACUUGCAGGGAUGUAAUUUGUGGUCGACAUUUGCGAAUAGAUCUGUGAAACAAAAGACGAAUAUAUCUUUUCUCUGUUACUGCUUUUGUGUUCUCAUUUCUUCCUCUGUAAGAUCAAAACAUUAGGUGUAUAACUCCAUACUCGCUACCGUGGAGUCGAGUCCAUGUAUUCUAAGGCUAAGAUAGCUAAGCACUAGCUAGAAUGAUUUAGUUAUCGGUCCUGAAAAAUGACAUAUCAUCUAAACUUGGUCUAUUUUCCAGUUGCACUCACUGGGCAGGCUUUCCUUUUCUUUUCCGCUGGCUUUUAGCUGACGGGAGAGCAGAGUCUGUCAUGUUUGGCCAUGCCAACUUGUUUUGGUUAAAAGAAUCAGAGUCACUUUUAUUGCCAGGUAUGUGAACACACACGAGGAAUUUGACUCCGGUUUCACUUGGCUCUUAGUACAAAUGGAUAAAAAAAAAAGCGUAGACAAAAACAAAACAAAAAGCUAUGCACAUGUAGAAGGGUAAAUAUAUGUAUAGACAAGGAUUUUUUUUUUUAAUCUUUUGGUGCAAAAUGGUGCAUAGUGCAAGGAUGACUUAGUAAAUAAUAAAUAUAGAGUGUGCACAGAAUGACGGUAUGAGUGUGCAGAUAUUUCACAAUUGAUGUUACUGAUAUUUGAGUCCGGUUUUAGCUGUUCAUCACAGAGACAGCCUGAGGGGAAAAAACUGUUCUUGUGUCUGGUUGUUUUUGCGUACAGUGUUCUGUAGCGUCUCCCAGAGGGGAGAAGUUUAAACAGUUUGUGACCAGGGUGUGAUGGGUCUGCAGAGAUGUUACCUGCCCGUUUCCUGACUCUGGACAGGUACAGGUCUUGGAUGGAGGGCAGGCUGACACCAAUAAUUUUCUCUGCAGACCUUAUUGUCCGUUGCAGUCUGUUCUUGUCCUGCUUGGUGACCGAUCCAAACCACACAGUGAUGGAAGAGCAGAGAACAGACUGAAUUACUACUGGCAGAGUAGAAUUGUGUCAGCAGCUCCUUAGGUGGUGUUUACAUUAGACCGUAUCAGCGGAUCAUCAGAUUAACGUUUUUAAAACGAUUCGCGUGCACACAGCAACGCCAAUACACGGAUACGCUCGGCUCCGCAGGCAUCCUGCGCUCCAAAUCACUCCGCCCUGAACAGCGAUUGCCCUCUGGAGGGUGUGCACUCCGGCCCUGCGCAGCUCACACAGCGCGCGAGUGAAGCGCACGAGCAGUGAUUCGGGACAAAUAGCAGGAAGUGAAAGUCCGCGCCGUUUUUCAGCAGUCGCGUCACAUGACCAACGUGGCAUGACCAACGCCAGCGAAUCAGGAAGGUGGAUGUCACAGUGACGUUGUCCAAUGACGACGUCAGCUAGAGCUCAGCACAGCGUAUCCUCGUUCCUCAAUGUUUACACAGCACCGGAUCAGAUACGUAAUGGAUUGAAUACGUGGGCCCUGGCGGAUUCAAGUUGUUCCGCCAAUGGAGUCGUUUCCCGGCGUUUUAAUGUGAACGGACAGUGCAUCCGCGACGAAAACGAGACGGAUACGGUCUAAUGUAAACACCACCUUAGACAGGUUGAGCUUCCUGAGCUGGUGCAGAAAAUACAACCUCUGCUGGGCCUUUUUGAUGAUAGUGACUGUGUUGGUCUCCCACUUCAGGUCCCGGGAGAUUGUGGAGCCCAAAAACCUGAAGGUUUCAACAGCAGUCACAGUGUUGUUGGUGAUGGGUGGCAGGGUGGGGGGGGGCUCCUCCUUAAGUCCACUGUCAUCUCCACAGUUUUGAGCGUGUUCAGCUCCAGAUUGUUCUGACCGCACCAACAGACCAGCCGUUCAACCUCCCGUCUGUAUUCAGACUCGUCACCGUCUCGGAUGAGGCCGAUGACCGUUGUGUCGUCUGCAAAAGGUGACGACACUAAUCUGAGGACCUAAGCAAAAAGGAAUCAUUUCUGAAGUCAUGACAUAAGAGGAUUUUGCUGCUGACAUGUGGUACAUCUGUGCUCACCCUCCCUGGAAAACAUUCACAUGCCACAGGGACCCACAGCACUCUUUUGAUCAUUUUAAACCACAGCCUCUCCGAUUUCUCUAAGCUCCCCUUAUGAAAAACUGACUCAAAUCCACACCGACUCCCAGCCCUAGUGGAUUGUGGUGGUCUUCAUCCUGAGACGAGCUUCUCAUUCUCACUUUGCACACAGGACUGGAGGUUGGUUUGGCUUCAGAAUGAAACCGAGGCUACGUUCAGACCCGGUAUCAACACCUAUCUCAGGUGAUCUGGUGAUCUGAUUACAAGUGGACAGCUGAGACGGAUAGCCGUGAACGCCCAUUUUCAUGCACCUCGAACGCUUCUCCAGUGACCAUUUGUGAUUGUACUUCUUGAAUAACAUAGCUGACUAGACGGUUCUUUAAAGUUACUGGCGAGGUUCCUGUACAAAUGUCUACCUCACGCUUAAAGCUCCUCUGUGUCCCAUUGCAGCCCUGAUCACACUUCAAAAUGACCUCUAGCAUAGACCGGGAUGACAGCAGUAUCUUUGAUGGUCUGAUGGAAGAAGAUGAAAAGGACAAAGCAAAACGAGUUUCCAGGAACAAGUCGGAAAAGAAGAGGCGAGACCAGUUCAAUGUGCUCAUCAAGGAACUGGGCACCAUGCUGCCUGGCAACACCCGCAAGAUGGACAAAUCCACCAUUCUACAGAAAAGCAUCGACUUCCUGCGCAAGCACAAAGAAAUUGCAGCACAGUCGGAGUCCAGUGAGAUUCGUCAGGACUGGAAGCCUCCGUUCCUCAGCAAUGAGGAGUUUACACAGCUGAUGUUAGAGGCCCUAGAUGGCUUCUUUCUAGCCAUUAUGACAGACGGCAACAUAAUCUACGUGUCUGAAAGUGUCACCUCUUUACUAGAGCAUUUACCAUCUGACCUGGUGGACCAGAACCUGUUGAAUUUUCUUCCACUGGGCGAGCACUCCGAAGUGUACAAAGCCCUCUCAACACACAUACUCGAAGGAGAGAGCCUCACACCAGACUACUUAAAGACAAAAAACCAAUUAGAGUUCUGCUGUCACAUGCUCCGGGGCACCAUCGACCCCAAAGAGCCUCCCGUCUAUGAGUAUGUCAAGUUUAUUGGAAACUUCAAGUCUCUCAACACUGUGCCUAACUCGACACGGAACGGCUUUGAAGGUGUGAUCCAGCGCUCGCUCAGGCCCUCGUUUGAAGACCGUGUAUGUUUCAUUGCCACUGUGAGGUUAGCCAAGCCUCAGUUUAUCAAGGAGAUGUGCACUGUGGAGGAACCCAAUGAGGAGUUCACUUCCAGACACAGCUUAGAAUGGAAAUUCCUUUUCCUGGACCACAGGGCGCCCCCUAUCAUAGGUUACCUGCCUUUUGAAGUUUUGGGCACGUCGGGGUAUGAUUACUAUCACGUCGAUGACUUGGAGACGCUUGCCAAGUGCCACGAACACUUGAUGCAGUAUGGGAAAGGGAAGUCGUGUUAUUAUCGGUUCUUGACCAAAGGCCAGCAGUGGAUUUGGCUGCAGACCCACUACUACAUCACCUACCACCAGUGGAACUCGCGGCCGGAGUUCAUCGUCUGCACACACACUGUUGUCAGCUAUGCUGAGGUUAGGGCUGAGCAGCGUAGAGAGCUGGGCAUUGAGGAGUCACCUCCUGAGAUCUCUGCAGACAAGUCUCAGGACUCGGGCUCUGAGUCUCAGUUGAACACCUCCAGCCUAAAGGAAGCACUGGAGCGCUUUGAUCAAAGUCGCACGCCCUCAGCCUCUUCCCGGAGCUCACGGAAGUCCUCCUCACACACCGCUGUAUCCGACCCCACCUCCACCCAGACAAAACUACAGGCAGAGCACAAUACACCGCCCCGCCAGUCUGUCUCUGCUAUUGAGGUGACUUCUCAGCGCCGAUCAUCCAUCAGCAGCCAGUCAAUGAGCUCUCAGAAUACAGGCCAGACGAUGGCACCUUGUCUGGUGUCUCAGCAGCUGCAGCCCACUGUGCAGCCAGUGCUGCAGUUCUCCACACAGCUGGAUGCCAUGCAGCACUUGAAGGAACAGCUGGAGCAGCGCACACGUAUGAUCGAGGCUAACAUCCAGAGGCAGCAGGAGGAGCUGCGUCAGAUUCAGGAAGAGCUGCAUAGGGUGCAAGGUCAAGGCUUACAGAUGUUUCUGCAGCAAGGUAGCAGUAGUCUGAACCUUGGCUCGGUGCAGUUAGCACAGGGUUCCUCGGUGCAGCCAGGCACUGCUCUGACCAUGCAGGGGGUGGUGGUGCCUGCAGGAAUCUUACAAGGCAACCUGGCAUCAACACAUACGGGCACACAGCAUUCUGUCACUCAGCAGACCCAGCCAGCUCAGCAGCAGCAGGGCAUUCUCCGAGAACAGAGUGGCGCACACACACAGUCUCAGAGGUCGUCCCACACACUGCAGUCUCCUCAAGGAGCCUUGCCUGCGUCUCUCUACAACACCAUGAUGAUUUCACAGCCUGGCCAGGCCAACGUUGUGCAGAUCUCCACCAGCUUAGCCCAGAACAGUCCGAGUGGAACCGCGGUCGCCACCUUCUCUCAGGACCGCCAGAUACGAUUCCCGACAACCCCUCAGCUCCUUACUAAAUUGGUGACGGGGCCUAUGGCAUGUGGUGCCGUCAUGGUGCCCACUACCAUGUUCAUGGGUCAGGUGGUGACACCAUUUGCCCCUCAGCAGAGUCAAAGUCAGACCAUCAGCAUUGGACAGCAAGCAGCCACACCCUCACAGGAGCAGCAAGGCCAGACGCAGGCUGGCACACAACCGCAGAGCCAGAACCAGACCCCACUUAGCCAGACUCAGUUCCUCCAAGCACCUCGUCUUCUUCAUGGGAAUCAGUCGGCGCAGCUGAUCCUCCAGGCAGCGUUUCCUCUCCAGCAGCAGAACGCCUUCACCACAACCACACAGCAGCAGCAGCAGGUGCAGCAGCAGCAACUCCAUCAGCAACAACAGCAGCUUCAGCACCAGCAGCAGCUGGCUUCUCAUAGGCCAGACAGCAUGUCGGACCGCUCCAAUGCCCCGCCUCAGUAACCCAGCAACAGCCAGUCGUGUGGCGAGGAUCAAAUCUGACCUCUGUUGUGCAGGGCGAUGAAGGAGGAGUAUUAGCAGUAUUCAGACUGUACCUGUUAUAUGGCGCAAAGCAAAAGGUGCUGUUGUGUCUCUGCGUCCUACAUGCCAUCCCUCACCAAGUUCUGGAUGCUUGCACUGAAUUCUGGGAAGUAUAGCCCACACUUGCUGAGCGGUUGGUAAGCUAGCAAGGGGAAACCCUUUGGUUUAUCUUUCACCACGCGUGUCAAGAUAAGAAGCAAAGCAAGUUGUGAGGUGGGCUGUCUUUCAUUCACACGUUCAUAUUAAUUUAUACAGAAAGCUCCAGUUUGUGGGCUGGAGGUGACGAUGCAAGACUUCAGAGAAGUCCUAUAGGACAAACGGCACCGCAUCCAUCGGUUCUCUCUUAUUCUCCUCCCUUCCCUGCUCUCUCACACCUUUUCAUCUUUGUGUUUUCCAUGUAAAAAAAAAAAAUUAAGGGUCAUAAAAUAUUUUCAUGUGGAUUCAGCUUUUAUUGUAUAGUACACCUGUAAAUUAAUAUGUAAAUAUACGUACAAAACAAAGAGAAACUAAUAUUUUAUAUUGAUGCAUGACAUGAAGAGUGUAGUCUGUUAUUUGUAGCUUUGAAUAUACUUUUCUUUUUUCCUAUGAAUACUAGAAAAAAAAAACAUGCAUACAUGGAUGAUGCCUUCACGGACUUCCUUUUUGCCGUGGGGUGUGUGUGUGUGUGUGUGUGUGUGUGUGUGUGUGUGUCUGUCUGUCGGCAGAGCAGGCAGCACUGGUUCUGCUUUGUGUGUCACAGUUUGUUUAAAAUGACACCUUCAUAUUUUCAUAACACUACUACCAAUAACUUGGGCGUUUUUACAUGUAACCAAGAUCCAUUUAUUAAUCUCUAAACUGUACAGAUAUUUUACGUGUGUAUGUGUGUGUGUGUGUGUGUGUGUGUAUCAGAGAGCACAGGCUGCGGAUUCAGAUGGAGAAGAUUUUUAAUAUAUUAUGGUAAAUGUGGAGUAUUUAACUCUGUAAUACAGCAUUAAUCAGGAGCUUUCAGGAAAGUUGACCAUGACGUACUCAGGUGUCAGGUGAGUGAGUUGCAUUAGUGUAUAUAUUAAUGUUUCAUGGCCACAUACUGUAAAAUAUAGGGUGUUUCAAAAAAUUUGAUAUCAUUUUACAAUCUAAUAACUUUGCCAAUUCUCGUUCAAUUGACCUCAAAUUUUAACAGCAUGUGUAGAAACGGGUCAAAAUUUUAUGUUUAAGGGGGCGUCGUGGCUCGGGUGGAUAGGGCGUCGUGCCGUGGAUCCGGGGACCCGGGUUCGAUUCUGACCCGAGGUCGUUUCCCGAUCCCUUCCCGUCUCUCUCCCGCUCAUUUCCUGUCUCUGCACUGUCCUGUCCAGUCCAGUAGGGGUGGAAAAAGCCCCAAAAAAAUCUUUAAAAAUAUAUAUAUAUUUUAUGUUUAAUGUUUUUAUCUUUUUAGGUAUAGAAAUGCCAUUCACUGGAAAAGAAAAGGCGUUGUAUAUGUUAGAGUACGCUCGAACAAGACUGUGCAGCAUGCAUUUAUGAGAGAAUUCUCUAAAAAUGCACCAACUGUAAUGCAGAUUUGGAGAUGGCACAAAAAGUUGACAGAGGAAGGCUGUCUGUGUCUCAGGCAUAUUGAACAUUUGUGAAAUCGUUCAUGGAAUCCACAUAGCUUUGAAUUUCUCAUUCAAAUUUUGAGGAAUAAAUCUUAUAUCGCUCAACAUUAUAGCCUGUUCAGUUUCAUUUGCCUCGACUACGUAGUUUCUGGGAUAUUUACAUCUCAAAUAAUAUCAAAUUUUUUGAAACACCCUGUAUAUUAACCCCCCAACGCGCACGCGCACACAGUGCCAAGCCAUAAUUUAAGCUAUAUUAAUUUUACAGUAAGAUGUAAGCUAUGAUGGAAUAAAUAUAUCACUGUAAUUUUAACCAACAUGAAAUUUAGCCUUACUUAACCAAACCUCGUUGUUGUUGUUGGUAAUUGUUCUUAGCACAAGAUCCUCUGUUUGCACGGGUUUAAGAGGUUGUUGUUGUUUUUUUCCGUCCCUCUGAAAUGUUCUUUGAUUUAGGUUGCGCUUGAGCAUACUAUAAGCAAAAUGGAGUCAGCUACUAUGAGAGAAAUCAGGAACGUACGGUGCAGGAUCUUCGGACAUCGAUGACCUUGUAUGUGUUGCUGUCUUUGGUACUGGACAUCCGAUUUUACUAACUCAUAAAUAUCCCAAAAAGAAAACAUUAGCACUUGUAUUUGAAUAGCACUUUAUAUUUAGGGCUCUGUGGAACUUUAAACCUAGAUAAGGUCUUAAUUAGUUGAAGAGUCCCAAAUGAAAUGGAAACAAACGUCUUCUUAAGUAGUGUCUUUCCAUCCUGACAGCUCUGUUCCAGCGCUACAGUAGUAGCAGUGAUGUUUAGCAGACGUGGCUGGACAAAUCAGUCUGUGGUUUGUUAUGGACUUAUCAUUUACUACGGUUAAUAAGAUGCAUCACUCAUCAUCAUGUAACAUUUUUUUUGUAAAAUACAAAAAAAAAAGUUGCAUAUUGCUACAAACUUAUGGCACAGUGGUUAGCGUGGCCACUUCACAGCUCCGGGGUCCUCAGUUUGAUCCUGAGGUUUUUCUUUUUUUUUUUAAAUUAUAUAAACUUUCAGUACGGAGCUUAAUGUGUUGUCCCUGUAUCCACAUGGGUUUCCUUUGGAGUUUCUGUUUUCCCCAUGCCUCCAGAAAACCUGCCAUACUGGAUACACUAAAUUACCCCGUGUGUGUGGUUUCCCAUUCCCAGUGUUCCUGGAAUAAGCUCCAGAUCCACAGUGAUUCCAGACCAGGGUAAAGUGUUUACUGAAGAGGACUGAGUAAAUGGAGGAGUGUUAGAAAAUCAACCCUUCAUGAAUUUAGUUUGUUUCUGGAGUAGAAGCUUUGAGUUUUCUCUUCUCCUGCUUGUACGUUAAACUAUCAUGAAUGUUCGGAAGGUUAUGUCUUUGCUUUGGUAUCAUUUACAAUGUAGACAAUCGCACAUUUCAGGAACCCAAAAAUUUGUUCAACCUUAGAUUUCUUUGAAUAAAGGAUAGCACUUAGAUACACUAUAUGGCCAAAAUUAUGUGGACACCUGACCAUCACACUCCUCUGUGGUUCUUCCUCAGAACUUUGCCACAAAGUUGGAAGCACACAAUUUUCCAGAAUGUGUUUGUAUCGGACACAUUGUAGUAUUACAGUUUCCCUUCACCAGAACUAAGAGGCCCAAACCUGGCUUGUCCGAGGUUGGACUGGAAGAAUUCGUGUUUCCUGGACAGAGCCCUGACCUCCUCACCCAACAUCAAUGCCUGAUUUCAGUAAUGCUUGUAUAGCUGAAUGAUCACAAAUCCCCACAGCAACAUUCCAAAAUCUAGUGGAAAUACUUUGCAGAAGUAUGAAUGUUAUUGUAACAGAAAAGGGGGACUAAAUCUGGAAUGGGAUGUUCAGCAAGUAUUACAUUACAGGCAUUUAGCAGAUGCUCCUAUCCAGAGUGUUGUACAACAGACCAGGAGCAGUUGGGGGUUAGGUGCCUUGCUCAAGGGCACUUCAGCCAUUCCUGCUGGUCCAGGGAAUUGAACAGACAACCUUUUGGUACCAAAGCUGCUUCUCUACCCAUUAGGCCAUGGAUUCCCCUUGUACAUAUGGAUGUGAUGGUCAGGUGUCCAUGUAGUGUACAUAGUCACCAGUUUGUCUUGUCUUGAAGUGAUCUUAUUGGUGUCUUGUGUGACAAAUCAAUUGAUUAAGUUUACCUUUCCAAGCAUGCAUGAUUUUUUUUUUUUUUCCUCCAGGGUAGAAACGGGUUGCGAUAAUUCAUACGUACCUCAUAUGAGACCUCAGUAUGGCAGCCCAGAACUGGUCCCAUGUUCCACUUUCUCAGGAUCUUUCUUCCUCCAGCUGUUCAGAGUGCUGGUCCAAUCACAUGUUCACAUUGCAGUAUCCAUCCGGUAGCACAGUUCUGCUAGCACUCAUCAUCUGAAUAUUGGUCUCUCCAAGGACGUCUAUUAAGCUGUUAGUGCGAGUGAAUCCAAAUUAAUUGGAUUGUCCAAGUUCACCAACAAAAACUGUUCUGAGAUAUUUUACAAACAAGAUUCUGUCAUGUUCUAGUGAUACGAGUACAAAAAAACCCCCCAAACUUCACUUGGUGCAAUACAAACUGAAUAUAAUGCAAUGUAAGCUGGAAGGUGUUAAUGAAGGCAACUGGACUUGCUUGAA